AUGACAUGGAUACCUAGGUUCAUCACCUUCACGGGCUUGGUUCUUCUAGCCCACGCAGGCUACUCUGCCCAAGAACAUGCCGCCCUAGCAUCGGCGACAGCGCAGCACUCGAAUCAAGCAGGCACCUCGACCUCGUUACCCAUCGACAUCAGCAUAGAAACUAUAGUUGCUACCAUGGCUGUCUGCAUCGGACUCGUCCUCAACACACCGAACCUUCGACCAAUUCAGUGGAACGUUUGGGCUGGGAAGAUCGAACGCGAGGGCGCAGAAGGCUUUCGGGACAGCUCGGGAGCUGUUGAAAAGGACUACAGGGGUAACCCUUUCGGCACAUUGGAGUCGAGGCCCGGCUUCGUGGACAUUCGCAAGCAACGACGAGAGUUUGCCGAGUGGGCCAAGAGCGGGAGCACCUAG